UGAAGGGAUACAUUUGCAUUCCCAGUCACAGUGGGACUAUCUCGUUUAUUCCAGCUUCCGUUCGAGCCUUUAUGGACGUUUAGAUAGUCCUGUCCUGUAGAUCACCAGCUCUGGUCGCGAGCUGCCACUGCCGGUGCGUCUUAGAGCAAGACGCGGCAUGGGACCUAACCUCUCACCCGCCUUUUGGGGAUAAGCGCGUGAGCAAAGAGCGUUAAAUGUAAAUGUGAAAGCUUCUGUGAAGACUUAGAAGGAGGGAUUAAAAUCCGCAACGCUUGGAUGUUAAAACUACAUUGGACCUGAAUCCCCUCUGCCAGCUGCACGUCGCCCGUGGCGAGAUCGGAAUUUCACGAAAAAUGGCACAGAUGCACCCACAUCAGCCCGCCGUGUGUCGAUCGUCUGCAAAUGCAAUUUUCCUUUAAGAUGAUGUAAGACGCUACUUCUUUCGGGACGAUUUUCCCUCUCUCUCUCUCUCUCUCUCUCUCGCACAGCUUGGAGCGAAAUGAUCUCAGACCUUCUGCUGGACCAAGCGUUUCCGCACUCAGCAGUUUGGAGAGAUGAGAGCGCGCAGGAGUCGCGCUCCUCCUCUCGCAGCCUCAGCAUCCCAGCGCUCGGCGGCACAAUGACGGGAUGCGGGCGCGUGCCUAAAUGGAUCUUGGACUUGUGCGUUUGAAGUAGAAUCCGGACACAGGAGGAGGACGUUUCCACGGAAAACCUGCGCGUAAUACGUGUUUUGUGGGGCGUUUUGUUGAACGUGCGGGUGAAGUGAGGACUAUAUGUCUUUAAAGUCACAGUAGCCUGACGUCCCAUCGCAGUGGAUGUGUGUAACACGAUGCCGGACAAUCGAUUGCGUUCAAAAAGGAUGCAACCUGGACUCGCAUAUUUACGCACUGGGUUAAAGCACACGCUGUAGGCGCACCGUGGGACCGCUCGCCCUGACGCUGGAUGGACUGCAGCUCGAGUCGAGAUCGCGCGUUCGGUCUGAGUGCGUCCACGCCAUGCAGCUGCGCCCGACGCGCUGAACUUCCUGGACGUCUUCGCGCCGUGACUGAGAUUUCUCGACAGACCCGCGGGGAAAAAUGAGCGAGAACUGCAAAACGCUACCUGCGAAAGAGCAGGGCUCCGUGCAGAACCCCCCGUCGGAUGUUAUUGAGCUGAAUGUGGGCGGACAGGUGUAUUACACUCGUUAUGGCACUUUGACGAGCUUUCCGAGUUCUUUACUUGGGAAACUGUUUUCCAACAAGAAGGGGUCUUCGAACGACUUGUCCCGGGACUUCAGGGGCCGCUAUUUCAUUGACAGAGAUGGCUUUUUGUUUCGCUAUGUAUUGGAUUACCUCAGAGACAAGCAGGUUGUCCUCCCCGACCACUUUCCCGAGAGGGGAAGGUUAAAACGAGAGGCGGAAUACUUCCAACUGCCAGAACUGGCCAAACUUUUAGCAUCGGAAGAAUCCAAACUGCUCCCGGACGACGUGUACUGCAGUGACAUAGAUGAUGCGUCGCAGGGCAGCGAGCAGAGGUUUUACCCCCCGUACUCCCUGGACCGCAGGUACGGCUACAUCACGGUCGCUUUCAAAAGCGUGUGCGCCGCGGGGGGCAGAGAAAGCCAAAGCGACGCCAAAGCCAAAAAAUCACCGAGGAUCUUCAUCAGCAGCAGGAUUGGUUUGGCGAAGGAGGUGUUUGGAGACGCCCUGAACGAGAACAGGGACACGGAGCGACCGCCGGACCGUUACACUUGCAGGUUCUACCUCAAGUUCAGGCACCUGGAGCGGGCUUUUGACAUGCUGUCAGAGAGCGGCUUCCACAUCGUGGCCUGCAAUUCGUCCCUAACCGCGUCCUCCAUCGGUCAUUACGCAGAUGACCGAGUCUGGUCCAAUUACGCACAGUACAUCUUCUACCGUGGCCCCUCCAGGUGGUCUUCCUCGCACUGCGACUGCUGCUGCAAGAGCCACAAAAGCGAGCGGGAGGGCGAGAGCGGCACCUCCUUCAACGACCUCUCCACCUCCUGCUCCGAGACCCAGUCGGAGGCCAGCUCCCCUCAGGGCACCGUGAUCUGCGGCCCCGUGAGGAGGCAGGCCAACAUCCAGACGCUGGACCGCCCCAUGCCCAAGGCGCCGGCCCACGUGCUGCAGCAGGCGGAGAUGCGCCGGAAGACCGACAUGCUCCGCGUCAGGACCUUCGGGGUGCGGGAGCGCGAGGCCGCCAAGAGGAAAGGGAACAAGGAGAAGAUGACCCCGGAGCAGGAGCUGGAGAAAUGCAUCCAGGACUUCCGGCGCAUUAGGAUCCCCGAUCACUUUCCGGAGAGGAAGUACAUGUGGCAAUCAGAGCUCCUGAGCAAGUACCGUCUCUAAGCGCGAGAGGGGGGGGCGGACGGUGCUGGGGGACUAUUCAGCUACACAGGCGACAGACUGCACCCUCUGGGGCACAUACUGUACCAGGAUAAAGGGUCUGUGGCCACCCUCCCGCCAGCAUGAGCCGCGGAGCACACACAGUAUGAGGCCGCCGGCCGUCGCUUUGUAACGUACAGUGUCUGCACGGUGUUGUGUGUGAUUAUGCACAUGUGUAAAUCAGGUUCCUCCAGUUGGGGCUUCAAUCACUAACGCUGCUCUCACCGUGGAGGGCCGGGGGCAGGCGUGCUAACGCUAACGCUAACGGCAUCACUAGACGAAGCAACAAAGCAAACCUCAGGGGCAACAUCACCUCGACUCAUCAACCUAUCACAUAAUGUACGUGCGAUUGCCCACAAUAGCCGUUUUUUAUUGGAUGUACCCAGAUGGUGCUGUGAGUUAGCAAUGGAUUACUAUGCUCCACUGAUAACACAUAUAUAAUAGUAAGCUUUGAUAACAGCACUGCAUGUCAUCUCACCCUUAGCGUUAUUAUGCAAUAUCCAACCAACCUUCGAGUGUUUUGUGGAGUGGGAAACCACGGCGGGUUGUGACUGAGCACUGCCUGUGUGUGUUCGCCAUUGUGAAACCUGUGUCCGAUGUCGUCACGUGUUGGAUAGAUGCUGUUGUGUAGAUAGAGUGUAAUGCCAAUGGAUAUCGAUCUAAUCCUUGAUUGUAAGUGUGCAAAAAAAAAAAAGCUAAUAAAUGGAUUAGAAUCGGA